CCAGUCAAAUGGUAUCGACCGUGAUGGCGACGAGUCAACCAAAGCAAGAAGGCGAGAACAAUGAUUGCUCUCUUCUCCCUUUGGUUCACGACAUUAUAAAAUGUAUGGACAAAGAUAGUCAAGAUGUCCAUCAAGAACUGGCCAAGUUGAAGACAAGGAUCCAGGAAGCGCGCGAGCAGAUCGGAGCCAUGCCCGGAAUUGACAUGAGCCCGUCGGAGCAGCAGCAUCAAUUAGAGACGCUGCGGGAGCAAGUCAGUACCAAGAAUCAGUUACUGCAGAAAUACAAGAGUUUGUGUAUGUUUGAGGUCCCAAAAGCGUCGUGAGAGAUGUUUGACAGUUCUAAAGAAACUAACUGAAUUCAGGAGACACUUGGAGAGGGACACUCAUGUACUGAAAAGUAUAUAUAUUUGUAUUUAGAGGACUGAGAAAUACUUUAACAAACGAACGAUUACCAUCAUUUGAAAUCGUGGGAAAUAAACUUGUUCGUAUGGAUUCUUUUUUGGUAUUCCAUCUCUUGGCUUCCUGUUGUCUCAUUUGCCUUUCCAACCUAAAAACUCGUGCAGUAUAACUUGAGAACUCAUCCCCUCUUUGUUGUCAAAACAACUCCAGAAAUUAUUUUAUUUCACUAUAACACUACCUUCAGGCACGAUCUUUUUGUAUUGUAAACUGUCCCCUUUUUACUUUGUAAAAAAUUAAGUAUCGAUACUGAAUUAUAAUGCCAUCAAGUUUGUACAUGCAUUGGCUUAUUAUUUUAGGUAAUGAUAUUGUCGGUGUGCUAUUCAGUUUGAGUGCAGCAGAUUUUCAAUGCAGUAGGCCUAAAAUAAACCUUUUGUUGUUUUAA